AUGAAAUCCGCCCUCAGGCUGGCCACCUUGAGUUAUGCGAUCACCAAUGUUGAUGCUAGCUUACCAUCCCCCUAUGGUCACCAUGCGGGGAAUUGGGGGCCGGCCAAAGACGCUGUCGCCGCCUCCCCAAUAGAUCCUGUAGGAUGGUCCCCGAAGCCGACUGCGCCGCCGGCGGCCGAACUGCUCGAUUUUCAGCUUCGGAGGAGGCAGGAUAGGACUACCACUACGACCACUACUAGUCUUGCCACGUGCGGAUAUCCUGCUGAUAAUAUUAGCGCGCAGGCGAUUACAUGCAGUUGGGGAGGAUAUUGCUAUGAGGCGCAGACAGCGCUCGCGGCAGGAUGUUGUACCGAGAGGAACCGUCGUAAUUGCAGAAUACCCACGACGUGUUUAGAAUCAACCCAAUCACAACCUUCUUCAAUUGAUCUCGCUAGGACUCUACUAUGCGAUCAACCAGAAAGUCCUCAUUGCGUGACAUAUCUGUACAACGCGAAUUUCUUUGAAAACUUCAACGGCGUCAGUUUUCUAGCGUGCGGUAAGGAGGCAGGGUCCAGUGCAAUCGCAACUAGUCCGCCACCGGACUGGGCACCACCGAGCGAUACCACGUCUCAAUCGACAUCCGAUAAAUCUCCAACGGGCACUGGCCCUACCGAUACCGUAACUGUUACUGUGGCUCCGAGCACCAGUUCAUCUUCAGACACGACAGUUACGGGUCCUGGUGGUAGUAAUUCGAGUAGAGCAGGGGCUAUUGCUGGUGGAGUAGUCGGAGGUGUUGCUGGACUCUCGCUCAUAGCUGCUGCCGUAUUCUUCUGUUUACGCCGACGUCAACGUAAGAAGGAUGAGACAGAAGAGAAAGAGAUAGACGGGUCGCCUCAGUUUCAACCGAGAGAUUUCCCACGUAACAGCGUAUAUGGGGGAGGAUUACCUGAACCGCAGUACCAAUCAGACUUUUACGGAGAAUUACCGCCGCAAAUGGCUCAAGCGUCGACCCAACACGUUAUGAGCUACCCUCAACCUACUCACUUUGAACCAGUUGCCAUGCCUAGAGAACACAGGGAGCACAGGGAACAUAGGGAACAUAGAGAUUAUAGGGAUCAGAGGAAUUCUCAGGUGCAGGCAAUCCCGUCUACCUUUGUCCCGGCAGCACGAAAGCCCAGCGAAGAUGAUAUAGUAUCUCCCAUUACUCCUGGUGAUCAGCUGAACCCCGCCGACGAUCCAGCAACGUACACAUGGAUCUCCAACCCAACACCACCUCCGCAAUCAGAAUAUUCCCAAUUCAGUCCACCUCCGCCAGCACAUUUUCAAUCGUACCGACCGUACCCCGGAACGUGA